AGGAACAGUGCUGGGGAGGAUCAUCUGAUUAAAAGGUCGUUAGAUAUCCAGCCGAUCGACAAAUCUCAGUCAAGAUACAUGCACAUUGUCGAACCUUUGUCUUGAACUCCCCCAUUCUGUUGUACAAGUGCAUAGCGUCACUUCGGAGUCGAUCGAGAUGGUGGAACUGAAGAACAUAUCAACAAAGGCCUAUGUUGUCGAGAGCAAAGGCUCCCCAUUUGUCUUGAGGGAUGUGAUUUUGGACGGGGUCCAGCCCAACGAGGUCCUUGUAGAGAUGAAAUACACGGGACUAUGCCACACUGAUAUCGUGGUCCAACAAGGUGGCAUGCCCAUCGGCAGCUAUCCCGCCGUUCUCGGGCACGAAGGCGUCGGGAUCGUCCGUUACCUCGGGUCUAGCGUUGUGGACCAGUCUCUGUCGCCGGGCGACAUCGUCUUGCUUUCCUUCCACUCCUGCCGGCGGUGCAGGGCCUGCACCGCCGGCCGGUGCGGCAGCUGCCCUCACAUGACCGAGACCAACUUCAUCAAGACGGCACGCGAGGGCGGCCGGUCACCCAUAUCCCUUCCCGACGGGACGCCUGUCCACGGCCAGUUCUUCGGGCAAUCGUCGCUCAGUAAGCUGGCCGUCGUGGCCGAGACUUCGGUCGUCAGGGUUCAAUCCGCGGUGCAGCCGGCCGAUCUGCCCUUCCUGGCGCCGCUGGGGUGCGGAUACCUCACGGGCGCGGGGACGGUGUUCAACGUGCUGAAACCAGAGCGGCAUGACAAGGUGGUGGUCUUGGGGAUGGGCGCGGUGGGCCUGGCCGCCCUGAUGGCAGCUAGAGCGCUGGGAGCCGAGACCGUUGUCGGUGUGGACAUGGUCGAUUCGAAGCUUGAGCUAGCGUCUACCUUGGGAGCUACCCACACCCUCAACACGAAGACGGUGGCCGAUCUGAACGCGGGUAUUCGAAGGCUUUGCGCGGGUGGUGCAGACUUUAUCAUCGAUGCGACCGGGGUACCAACCCUCCACGGACCAGCGGUGAAGGCGCUGGCGCACGAGGGGACGCUGGCGUUUGUUGGUGUACCGCCCCCGACGGCACGCCUCGAGAUUGACACGUUGGACCUUUUACUCUCGUGUAAGCGCCUCAUUGGGGUUAUUGAAGGGCAGGCGGAUCCUCAUGAACUCAUCCCCCGGCUCGUUGAGUUGUAUCUCGGGGGAAAUUUUCCCAUUGAUCGAGUGUCAAAGUGUUACCCGGCCGAGUCAUUAUCUCAGGCCUUGGAGGAUAUGAAGUCUGGAACUGUUGUGAAACCGGUCUUGUCAUGGAAUAGCAUCAAUUAA